AAGCGGAUCCCCUGUGAGACCCGACCGCCGAUUGGCUGCAGCACGUCGAGACGCCGACGCGCACGAUGUCUCCCCUCUAUUGUUAUUGUGGCGUGCGCGAGGGGAGCAGACAGGAUGCACGAGGAGACAGCGGGGCUGCUGGAAGACUAAAACAACCGAGACGCGUCAAGCUAGCGCGGCGUUCCGCACCGGGGGAAGACGUUCGCUCGGUCCGUUACCGGGCUCCGGGUCCGGGACCAACGAGUGUAAACACAGACAGCGGCUCUGGUCCACGCGCACAACACGUACACGCGCCUCUCGAGUACAACUGCGAUCUUUUCGUUUAACUUCUCCUCUCGACUCUGGCUGAUGUGGACUGACUCAGAGCUGGGCCAUCAUGAUGCCAGUGGUCACUCAUUGGCCGACCAACUCAAUACCAGCAUCAUGUCUGUGAACCCUCCAAGCAGCAAUGACGCCUGCCUCAGCAUCGUCCACAGCCUCAUGUGCCACCGGCAGGGAGGGGAGAACGAGGGCUUCGCUAAGCGGGCCAUCGAGAGCCUCGUGAAGAAGCUGAAGGAGAAGAAGGACGAGCUGGACUCGCUCAUCACCGCCAUCACCACCAACGGUGUCCAUCCCAGCAAGUGUGUCACCAUCCAGAGGACGCUGGACGGCCGGCUUCAGGUGGCAGGGAGGAAAGGCUUUCCUCAUGUCAUCUAUGCACGGCUGUGGCGCUGGCCUGACCUCCACAAAAAUGAACUCAAGCAUGUCAAGUUCUGCCAAUACGCCUUUGACCUGAAGUAUGACAAUGUAUGUGUCAACCCCUACCACUAUGAAAGGGUGGUGUCACCAGGCAUCGUUGGUCUCAGCCUUCAAAAUACUGCACCGGGCAGCCUGAUCAAAGAGGAGUACAUCCACGACUGCAUACAGAUGGACCUGCCACCCGGCAUGCCUCUGUCUGACCAUCAGGCCGCCAUGAAGCUGCCUCCUCCUGACCACUAUGGCCAGCCCUUGCAUCCCCCUCAGCUGUCCUCUGAACCUCAUGGACCACCACCUGUCACCAGAUACACUAACCUGCCAGUCUCACCCAAAGUCUCUGGCUCCAUGGUGCCACUGCAGGGCGGACACGCCGACGGCCGUCUCCAGACCGCAUCUCCGCAGGCUGCUGUCAUGACCUCGGCACCGCGACCUCCGACCCCAACUCAACCCCCUCUCCAGCAACAGGCUGCCCAGCCAGCCUCACAGCCCCCCCACCAACAGCCCUCCCUACCUCCUUCUCACGCGCAUGGACAGAACGGUUACAGCAAUAAACACUCUCAGGCUGCCUUCCACACUGUUUGGACAGGCAGCAGCACGGCCUCCUACACGCCCAUCGGACCCCAGCAGAACGGCCGUGGUCAUCAUCCAAACCACCACUGGCCUCAGCAUCACGGCUCAGCCUCUUUCCCUCCUUCUGUGUCCAACCAUCCAGGGCCAGAGUUCUGGUGCUCUAUCUCCUACUUUGAAAUGGACGUUCAGGUGGGUGAGAUGUUCAAGGUGCCGUCCAGCUGCCCCAUAGUAACCGUGGACGGUUAUGUCGACCCGUCGGGGGGGGAUCGCUUUUGCCUCGGACAGCUGAGCAACGUUCACCGCACGGACGCAAGUGAGAGAGCCAGGUUGCAUAUCGGUAAAGGUGUGCAGCUGGAGUGUCGCGGAGAGGGCGACGUGUGGAUGCGCUGUAUGAGCGACCAUGCUGUGUUUGUACAGAGCUACUACCUCGACCGGGAGGCGGGCCGAGCACCGGGCGACGCCGUGCACAAGAUCUACCCCGGAGCCUACAUCAAGGUGUUCGACCUGCGGCAGUGCCACAGACAGAUGCAGCAGCAGGCGGCGACGGCGCAGGCUGCAGCUGCUGCACAGGCAGCUGCCGUGGCAGGAAACAUCCCCGGGCCAGGCAGCGUCGGAGGCAUUGCACCUGCAGUUAGCCUGUCGGCAGCAGCGGGGAUCGGCGUGGACGACCUGCGGCGCCUGUGCAUCCUGCGGCUCAGCUUCGUGAAGGGCUGGGGGCCCGACUACCCGCGGCAGAGCAUCAAACACACGCCCUGCUGGGUGGAGGUCCACUUGCACCGCGCGCUGCAGCUUCUGGAUGAGGUGUUGCACACCAUGCCAUUGGCUGACCCAGGGCCUGCUAACUGAGGCCGUAACCACGUUUAAAUUCCAAUCCGGAUUCUAUGAAUGUGCACACACAGACACACAUGUUGCCAAAUAUGCUAAAUGUAUCUCAAUGUUACACAAAGAAAAUCAAUGGAAAACCUGGUGUUGGUGGUGUUUCCAAGGCAUUACUCUCUAAUCUGAAGUCAAAAACAAGGGAGUUGAGCUCUGAAGGUAAAGAUUCUGACCAACUUCGGACCAACUGUCCUAAAGACAUUCGGAUGCAUUGUAGAAAUCCAGGGAUGUGUUUCAGAAACCCAGCUCCCCGAUAUGCAAUCUGGAUCCUUUCAAAUAACAGGCGUGUUCUACACGUUCACUCAUGGAGUACACACAGAUGUAUAUGAAGAGAGGACUGCAUACUUCUGGAGAUGCUGUGAGUAAAUUCACACUGAACACAAACCACAUCACAGUUCUCUUUAAAUGGAUCAACAACGUUUUAUGUCAUCUCUGUGCUCGUGCUGCGCUCUUCACUGUAUGUAGGUAUAAACUGUUAGCAUUGUAGCUGUUUAGCCCUCGUAUUAUGCUCAGCCCAAGCUGUAUUAUUUUUGUACCAAAAAGCCAAAAACAUUUAGCUUUAAAGUGAUAUUGUUGUUCUUUGUAAUGAAACAGUGCUGCCCUGUAUGUAACCAAAUGGUUGGUGUAAAUCACCAAAGCCAAAAUACCUCAUAACUACAGUGCAAGGUCACGUUCUGUUUUACGCCUAAAGCGCACACACUGACGGGCUGAAGUCAAUCAACGGAGCCCUCUGAUUGGAUGGUGGCGACAUCACUCCCGCUUUGUAUUUAUUGAGCUUUAGAAUGUACCGUGCUGUGAUGUGGAGGAGCGAGAUACGUGUGACUGUGGAACCUUUAGUGACACUCGACACAAGCUGCAUGGAUCCACGGAGACCACCACGAGCAGCAGGGGAGCCUCUGUGUCCACAGCACACUACUUCAACCAAACCAGAUUGUAAAUAUAAUAAUGCUUUUAUUCCCAUUAAACUCAUUUGAUAAUUCAGGCUUGAUUUCAGAUUAGGUAACAAUGUACUUAUUUUGAAAUAAAGGCUGAGGAGAGAAUUGAAA